CUAGCUGAAUUGAGUUACUCCUUGAAAGAUGUCAAGAUAGACGUUCUCGACACUACUGCUGACCUGUACUUAGCGGAUACAAGCGAAGAGGAAGAUACAUACAUUUUAGCGAAAACUUAUUUUGACUUGAAAGAAUAUGACAGAGCUGCUUAUUUCACAGAGGAAUGCAAAACGCCAAAAGUUCGAUUUUUACAUUUAUACUCUCGGUAUUUAUCAGGCGAGAAGAAAAAGAUAGAUGACAUGACAGUAGUACCUCCAGAUCCUUUAAAAAAUGAAAGUUUGAGAUUAUUAUGCUCCGAUUUGAGAAAAGAUCAUAUGGCAGACAAACUUGAUGGUUUUAGUCUUUAUCUUUUUGGUGUGACUUUAAAAAAAUUGCAGCUUACUAGGGAAGCAAUGGAUGUGUUGGUCGAGGCAACUCAUAAGCAACCAAUGCAUUGGGGAUCGUGGUUAGAAUUAGCUUCUUUAAUCACUGACAGAGAAAAGCUUGAAAAUCUCUGUUUACCUAAUCAUUGGAUAAAACAUUUCUUUAUGGCUCAUAUGUAUUUAGAACUACAAUUAAUAGAUGAAGGUUUAGCAUUAUACUGUAAAUUACAAUCAAUGGGGUUUGAAAAGAAUGAUGUUGAUAAUGCUAUAGAAACAUUUAAGAAGAUAAUAAAAGCAGACCCUUAUUGCUUAGAUAAUAUGGAUACAUAUUCUAAUAUUCUCUAUGUAAAAGAAAUGAAAGUUGAAUUGGCAUAUUUAGCUCAUAGAGCAACAGAAAUUGAUAAAUACAGAUUAGAAACAUGUUGCAUAGUAGGAAAUUAUUACAGUUUAAGAGGAGAUCAUCAAAAAGCAUCAAUGUAUUUUCAUAGAGCAUUAAAAUUGAAUCCACAAUAUCUUUCUGCUUGGACACUGCUUGGUCAUGAGUUUAUGGAAAUGAGAAAUACAAAUGGUGCUAUUCACAGCUACAGACAAGCUAUUGAAGUCAAUAAGCGGGAUUACAGAGCAUGGUAUGGUUUAGGUCAAACAUAUGAAAUUCUGAAAAUGCCAUUCUACGCCCUUUAUUAUUACAAACAGGCUCAAUUAUUAAGGCCUCAUGAUAGUAGAAUGGUACAGGCAUUAGGAGAAGCAUAUGAAAAACAAAAUAAAAUACAAGACGCAUUAAAAUGUUAUUAUAAAGCAUGCAAUGUUGGUGAUAUUGAAGGAAUGGCAUUAUUAAAAUUAGCCACGUUAUAUGAAAAAUUAGGUGAACAUGAUCAUGCAGCAGCAGCGUACACAGAUUUUGUGAUGGAUGAAUUUAUAAAUGCAGAUAGAACUGAUUUGAGCCACGCUUACAAAUAUUUAACACAGUAUCAUUUAAAACGAGAACAGUUGGAUCAUGCUAAUCAUUAUGCACAAAAAUGUUUGCAAUUUGACGAAACAAAAGAAGAAGCCAAGGCAUUACUAAGAACAAUUGCACAAAAGAGAGGAAAAUUUGAGCAUUCGAUGGUGGUGGAAGAUAUGAAUGAAACAGAAGUUAUCGAACAAGGAGAAAGAGCAGAUGUUACACCAGGAAGUCAAUUAUCGCCAAUGAAUUUGUCAUUUAUGCCUACACCGUGUCGCAUAGGUGGGGGCGCUGGUGGUACAAUCGCCAUUGAUUUCGGAUGGAAAGAAUUGGGAUCAUUAUUAUCGUUUGAAGAUGACAGUAUGAAUUGCGGAUCAAAAAUGCCCUUUUACAAGUACAAGUAAAGAGUAAGAUAUAUAAUAUACAACGUUUGAAAGAAGGUUUCUAAGGUCGCGCGCAAUUCAAUAGAGCAUGGCGGCCAUAUUGACUAUGUUCUCCCAACCCAGUACCAAGGAUGUUUGUGCGUGCCUGGCACCACUGCUGUUACAUCGCGGUCGUUGUCGUCGUUAACGUCGUCGUUGUCGUUAUUCUUACUAUCGUUGUCAACGUUGUUCCUAUCGUUGAAUUGUAAUUGCCGUUGAAGAUAUCGAACAGUUCAAAACGUGGUCGUAACACAUUGAUAGGAUCAACAUUUUCUGUAUGCGAGAUGUCAAAUCAAAUAUGUCUAAAAUGGAACAGUUUUUUAAACAACAUCGCAACGAGUUUCGAAAGUCUUUGGGAAGAGGAAGGUUUAGUAGAUGUGACGUUAGCAAGCGAUGGACAGUGUCUUACUGCUCACAAAGUGAUUCUCUCAGCAAGUAGUCCUUUCUUCAAAAAAGUUUUCCAGGUUAGUUUUCUAUGUGGUUACGUUGAUCACAUUUGUGGUUACAUUGACGUUUUGACGACAAACCCUUGUCAACAUCCAGUUAUAAUACUCCAAGAUGUGCACUUCAGCGAAUUAGAAGCCUUACUUAUAUUUAUAUAUAAAGGAGAAGUAAAUAUCGAGCAGAAAAAUUUGCCAGCGCUUUUAAAAGCUGCAGAGACUUUGCAAAUUCGUGGACUGUCUGGAGGGGAUAUAUUUGCCAAGGAAUCUUAUAAAAAAUUAGUGGAAUUGGAACAAGCAGUAGAAGAAGGAACGGCUACUGCCAAAGAAGAAAAUCCAAAAAAAAAACAAAAACUGAAUAAACAUCAGAAUUCUAUAUUAGAAUCAGCACUGACACCUAAAGCAUCACAAGUAGAAAGUACAGAUGAAUCUACGGCCAGCGAACAAAGUGGCAAAGAUGCAGAUUAUUUAUUGCAGAAAAAUUUGCAAAAUCCAAUAUAUCAUCGUUUAGAAAUGAAGAUAGAGCCAUUAGAAACUGUAUUAGAAGAAUCUCAGAAACAAUCUACAACAGAAAAGGAUCCGGCAGAAAGGUUAGACACAGGGCAACUCGAUGGGAAUCAAGGAUCAUCGAAGCCGAAUGUAACUGUAAUCGCCGACGCACGAGAGACCUCGACUCCUUCGUCCGAGCCAGAUACGCGUGUGAGAUUUCCGAUCGACCUUGAUCGAACUCCACCUUGGAAUACUUAUCGACACACUGACGAACUUCACUCGCCGAAUCAUUUAUAUUCGGAAUCGAUGCACGAUCAACAGGAAUCUACGAACAUUCUCAUGGAACGAGACGCAAGGGUUCUCCGUUCCGUGUUUCCAACGUGUCCCGGGACCGCUGGCAAUUCCGAAUUCCCAGAGGAGACGGUGAAGGGCGUCACUGCGUAUCCACCAUUUCCGUGCCCGUUCUGCGACAGAGCGUACACCAGUUGGGGGUUUCGUCGAAGGCACAUCAAAGCUGUCCACACGACUUCACCGUCUUUAAACUGCAAAUGGUGCUUGCAGGUUCUUCCCACGCAUGCGGCUUGGAGACGUCACGUAAUAUUAGCGCACAAUCUAUCUGCGAACGACGCGCAUAAUGGUCUCUUAAUUUUGGAGGAAGCGCACAUGGUUUUACAAAUCGCGCAUCCUACUAGGUUAGACACCUUAGUUAAUAUAAUUAAACAAAAUUCUCAACAGAGUAACAAUCAAGAGAAUACCCAGUCGGACAAAGAUUGAAUCGGAGCAUUGUGAUGUAUCGACAUGUUUGGGCUGUCUAUAUUUGGGUUUGCGGCACGAAUUCGUUCAGUCGGACAGUUUUGGAAGGAAAGCUACGCUGUGUAACAUUACGCGACAAAACAAAAAGUAGAAAUUAAGUUAUUCUCGUUCUGAGAAAACGCAUUAAUGAACCAAAUUUUUUUACAAUUGCCUAAUCGUUUUUUUUAUAUACGUGCUCUGGUAUAGACGUAUAAUUUCGUUGUAUAUAUAUAUAUAUA